AUGAUCCAUCAUAGCUCCGUCGUCGACAGCCUCACUCGUCGGGAGCCUGCGCCUGGGGAUCCCUGUGUAGCGGCCCCGUCAAGUCGUUACGAGGCUGCUCUCUCCCUCUUCUGCCAGUCUGCUUCUCUAGACUCUACCUACCACUCUCGAAUGGCCCGGACUGGCCAGUGGCACGCACAAAUGGACUACGCUAGAAUGGCACAAGAGACGCUGCGCAUCACACGGACCACACCUCUUUUUACACCACCCAUGUCUUGUCGACAGUCGACACUCGCCGUGUCGCCUGCAUCGCUGUACCAGAAUGACACACAAUGA